UUGACUUGUUGCAGGGAUGUAAUUCUUGAAAAACACUGGAAAUCUGUCAUACAUCGCUCAAUAUGUGAUUAUUUUUUCGAUACUCAAAAAAAGGCUGCAUGUGCGGACGACGUCCCUCCAGUAAUAUCAACACCACACCAUUAUCUUAUCAGUGUUUAUCACAAUCAACUCUUUUUUCUGGCAGUAACGACAGCCGAAACUUCACCGUUAAUGGUAAUUGAAUUUUUGCACCGAAUAAUUGGCACUUUCACGGAAUAUUUCGAUGAAUGUUCAAACAAUUCAAUUAAAGAGAAUUGUGUCAUCUUUUUUGAGUUGCUAGAUGAAAUGCUCGAUAAUGGAUUUCCUCUUGCAACUGAACUGAAUAUUUUGCAAGAGCUGAUUAAGCCUCCAAAUUUUCUUCGUACCAUCGCCAAUCAAGUUAUUGGUCGAACGAAUUUUUCAGAAGUUCUUCCAACUGGGCAAUUAUCAAAUGUACCAUGGCGCAGAGCAGAUGUUAAAUAUACAAAUAAUGAAGCAUAUUUUGACGUAAUUGAAGAAAUAGAUGCAAUCAUUGAUAAACAAGGCGCGACUGUAUUCUCAGAAAUUCAGGGUUAUAUCGACUGUUGUUGUAAGUUGUCAGGUAUGCCGGAUUUAACCAUGUCUUUAGUGAACCCGAGAUUGCUCGAUGAUGUUUCUUUUCACCCAUGUGUCCGUUUCAAACGAUGGGAGAAUGAGCGUGUUCUUUCUUUUAUUCCUCCAGAUGGUAAUUUUCGCCUUCUUUCUUAUCACAUUGGUUCACAGAGUAUGGUGGCAAUACCCAUUUAUGUACGGCAUAGUAUAUUAUUAAAAGGAGGAACGAAUGGUCGCAUUGAACUCACCGUCGGUCCUAAACAAAGCAUGGGAAAAGUUUUGGAGGAAGUUGUUGUAGAAAUGUUAUUGCCGAAAUCCGUUCAAAAUUGUAAUCUUAUUCCUAGUAAUGGAAAAUGUACUUUUGACCCAUCUACAAAAUUACUACAGUGGAAUGUUGGCAAGAUUGAACUUGGAAAACCACCAACUCUAAAGGGAUCGGUGUCUGUUAACAGCAAUAUAGCUGUGGAAACGCCACCAAUUACAGUGAAAUUUCGAAUAAACCAGUUGGCUGUUUCGGGUUUAAAAGUUAAUCGGCUGGAUAUGUAUGGCGAAAAAUACAAGCCAUUCAAAGGUGUUAAAUAUAUUACAAGGGCUGGAAGAUUUCAAGUUCGGACUUAG